AUGCCGGUCUUCACUGAACACUCCUCCUCAUCUCGGGACCUAAGAGUCCUACCAUCAUUUGCACCGCCGCUACCCCGACUAGCACCCCCAUUCGAGCGCAAUGAUAAAAACGAAGAGAAAUACGAAGCAAUUGUGGUCGGCGCCGGACCAGCAGGCCUAAUGCUAACCCUCCUCCUCUCCCGCUAUGGCCUUACCGAUACCUCACUCCUCUGCAUUGACGCUAAGCCAAGUACUCUGAAAUCCGGCCAAGCAGACGGCGUGCAGCCCCGCACACUAGAGGUCUUCAAAUCACUCGGUAUCUCAACCGAGAUCGAGAACGAAGCGUGUCAGAUGUGGCAAUUCGCAUUCUGGAACCCCUCAUCGGACCCAAAAAAGGUCAUUAAGCGCACAUCCGUCGUGCCGGAGGUUAUUCCUCCAUCGCGGUUCCGCUACGAGGCUACCAUCCACCAGGGGCGCAUCGAGCGCAUCAUGGAGACGGAUCUGCUGCGGUACUCUCACCGCGGGAUUGUGCGGAACACGAAGGUUUUGGAUGUUAAGAUUGAUGAAGAGGGUGAUGCGGAGUUUCCCGUGCUUGUGACUAUGGCUACGGAUGGUGUUGAGAAGACGGUGCGCACGAAGCAUCUUGUUGGUGCGGAUGGGGCGCAUUCGGUUGUUCGGCAGUGUAUGGGUCUGCGGUUGGAAGGAGAGUCUUUGGAUCAUAUCUGGGGCGUGGUUGAUAUGGUUGCCGAGACAGAUUUCCCGGAUAUUCGUCGCCGUUGCGCGAUUCAUUCUCCUGCUGGUUCUGUUAUGAUUAUCCCCAGAGAGAGGAUCUCCACGGGUGAAUAUCUCACGAGGCUGUAUGUGCAGGUUCCGGAGGAUGUGGCUCCGGAGAGUGAUCAAACGCCGAAUGGAGUUGAGGGUGUUAAGUCUGAGGAUGCUCGGCAGCGAAGAAGUAAGAUUACCCUCGAGGGGAUUCUGAAGCAAGCUGCCGAUGCGAUCAAACCAUACUCUAUUCGGCCCAAGGAGGAUGCGGUCGACUGGUGGGCUGCGUAUCAAAUUGGCCAGCGUGUCUCGCCUGAGUUCAUUGUCAAUGAUUCAAAGGGCGUUGCGCGGGUUUUCAUUGCUGGAGAUGCCUGCCAUACACAUAGUCCGAAAGCUGGCCAAGGCAUGAACGUCUCAAUGAUGGACUCUUACAACCUAGCCUGGAAACUCAUGUAUCACAUUAACGGGCUCGCACCAGAACCAACUGGCCCCAACAGCCCAGCCUCGUUACUCGAGACAUAUCAGACAGAACGCCACGAAAUAGCCCAACAGCUCAUCGACUUCGACCGGAAAUUCUCCACCAUGUUCUCCGGCCAAAUGGGCGCAACUGAAGGACUGACACAAGAAGAGUUCCAACAGGCCUUCAAGCUCGGCAAUGGCUUUACUAGCGGCUGUGGCGUGGAAUACCCGGAAAACAUGCUAGUUAUCCGAGAUGAGCUGAACGAUGAUAUCAAGAGCAAGGGUCCAAACCCCGUCACAGGAACGGACUACAUAUCCGGAAUCCUGAGACCGGGCCGGAGAUUGCUUAAUGUCCGAUUGCUCCGACAUGCUGAUGGGUGGCAGCGGGAUAUUCAUGAUGAUAUCCCUUCCACUGGCCGAUUCCGCAUCUUAUGUCUCACAUCGACCGACCUUCUUGAUAGAAGCAGUGUCUCUGUACAGACACUGGAAGCAGUCACUCUGCUUGAAGCGCAGUUCCCCAGGUCGACUAUUGAACAGAUUAUUCUGCAUCCCCAGCUGCAUCGGUCCUUUGAGUGGAGUGACGUGCCGGCAUGUGUGAAGCAGCAGGCUGAGAUGCGCUUCUAUGAUGGGUCGGCUUUGGAUGAUGCGUAUAGUAUAUAUGGCGUAGAUCCGGCAGAGGGCGCAUUGGUGGUGGUUAGGCCUGAUGGGUAUGUUGGUGUUGUUGCUUGUCUUAGUGAUGUGCAGAGGGUGGAUGGGUAUUUGAAGCAGUGCAUUAGGACUGUCUCUAGCAAUUAG